AUGAAGGGGCCUGUGGGUCGUUGCGAAGAGCAGACGGCCUCCGAGGGCGGGGGCGGCGGCUCCGGACAGGACGCCCCCUGCUCCUGUGGCGGACCCUGGCCUCUGGACCCGGCCGCCCCGGGGACGUCGUGCAGCCCCUGGGAGCGUGGGGGCGAGGAGGCCUUGUCUGUGGGCAUCUUCCCCUACGUGCUGAAGCUGCUGCAGAGCUCGGCCCGGGAGCUGCGGCCCCUGCUCGUCUUCAUCUGGGCCAAGAUCCUCGCCGUGGACAGCUCCUGCCAAGCUGACCUGGUGAAGGACAACGGCCACAAAUACUUCCUUUCGGUCUUGGCAGACCCGUACAUGCCAGCCGAGCACCGGACCAUGACGGCUUUCAUCCUCGCUGUGAUCGUGAGCAGCUACAACACGGGACAGGAGGCCUGCCUGCAGGGAAACUUGAUCGCCAUCUGCCUGGAGCAGCUCAAUGACCCCCACCCGCUGCUGCGCCAGUGGGUGGCCAUCUGCCUGGGGCGCAUCUGGCAGAACUUCGACUCGGCCAGGUGGUGCGGCGUGAGGGACAGCGCACACGAGAAGCUCUACAGCCUGCUCUCCGACCCCAUCCCUGAGGUGCGCUGCGCGGCGGUCUUCGCCCUUGGCACGUUUGUGGGCAACUCUGCGGAGAGGACCGACCACUCGACCACCAUCGACCACAACGUGGCCAUGAUGCUGGCCCAGCUCAUCAACGACGGGAGCCCCAUGGUCCGCAAGGAACUGGUGGUGGCUCUGAGUCAUCUUGUCGUGCAGUACGAAAGCAAUUUCUGCACUGUGGCCUUGCAGUUCAUGGAGGAGGAGAAGAACUACCCCUUGCCGUCUCCGGCGACUACAGAGGGGGGCAGUUUGACCCCAGUGCGGGACAGCCCGUGCACCCCCAGACUCCGCUCCGUGAGCUCCUACGGGAACAUCCGCGCCGUCACCACCGCCAGAAACCUGAACAAGUCUUUGCAGAACCUGAGCCUGACGGAAGAGACGGGCAGCUCGGUGGCCUUCUCCCCCGGGAACCUGAGCACCAGCAGCAGCGCCAGCAGCACCUUGGGCAGCCCCGAGAAUGAGGAGUACAUCCUGUCCUUCGAGACCGUCGACAAGAUGCGCCGCGUCAGCUCCUACUCCGCCCUCAACGCCCUCAUCGGAGUCUCCUUCAACAGUGUCUACACUCAGAUUUGGAGGGUGCUGCUGCACCUGGCUGCGGACCCCUAUCCUGAUGUUUCCGACCUGGCCAUGAAGGUGCUCAACAGCAUCGCCUACAAGGCCACCGUGAACGCCCGGCCGCAGCGCAUCCUCACCACGUCCUCGCUCACGCAGUCGGCGCCCGCCAGCCCCACCAACAAGGGCAUCCACAUCCACCAGGCGGGGGGCUCCCCGCCAGCGUCCAGCACCAGCAGCUCCAGCCUGACCAACGACGUGGCCAAGCAGCCGGUCGGCAGAGACCUGCCCGCGGGCCGCCCCAGCGCCGCCGGCCCCGCGGGGGUGCAGUACACGCCCCACUCCCAGCAGUUCCCCCGCACCCGGAAGAUGUUCGACAAGGGCCCGGACCAGACCACGGACGACGCCGACGAGGCUGCUGGACACAGAAGCUUCGUCUCGGCCACGACGCAGACGGGGUUCUGUGACUGGAGCGCCCGGUACUUCGCCCAGCCCGUCAUGAAGAUCCCGGAAGAGCACGACCUGGAGAGUCAGAUCCGCAAGGAGCGCGAGUGGCGCUUCCUCCGCAACUCGCGCGUCCGGCAGCAGGCGCGGCAGCUCAUCCAGAAGGGUAUCACAAGGCUGGACGACCAGAUAUUUCUGAACAGGAACCCCGGCGUCCCCUCCGUGGUCAAGUUCCACCCCUUCACCCCGUGUGUGGCCGUGGCCGAUAAGGACAGCAUCUGUUUCUGGGACUGGGAGAAAGGGGAGAAGCUGGACUACUUCCACAACGGGAACCCUCGGUACACGCGGGUCACCGCCAUGGAGUACCUGAACGGCCAGGACUGCUCGCUGCUGCUCACGGCCACGGAUGACGGCGCCAUCAGAGUCUGGAAGAACUUUGCGGAUCUGGAGAAGAACCCAGAGAUGGUGACUGCAUGGCAGGGCCUCUCGGAUAUGCUGCCGACCACCAGAGGAGCCGGGAUGGUGGUAGACUGGGAGCAGGAGACCGGCCUCCUCAUGAGCUCCGGGGACGUGCGGAUUGUCCGGAUCUGGGACACGGACCGCGAGAUGAAAGUGCAGGACAUCCCCACGGGCGCUGACAGCUGCGUGACCAGCCUGUCCUGUGACUCGCACCGCUCGCUCAUCGUGGCUGGCCUCGGCGACGGCUCCAUCCGCGUGUACGACCGGAGGAUGGCGCUCAGUGAAUGCCGCGUCAUGACGUACCGGGAGCACACGGCCUGGGUGGUGAAGGCCUACCUGCAGAAGCACCCCGAGGGCCACAUCGUGAGCGUGAGUGUCAACGGAGACGUGCGCUUCUUCGAUCCUCGGAUGCCAGAGUCUGUGAAUAUCCUUCAGAUCGUGAAGGGGCUCACGGCCCUCGACAUCCACCCCCAGGCAAACCUUAUCGCCUGCGGCUCCAUGAACCAGUUCACGGCCAUCUACAGCGGGACCGGGGGGCUCAUCAACAACAUCAAGUACUACGACGGGUUUAUGGGCCAGCGCGUCGGGGCCAUCAGCUGCCUGGCCUUCCACCCACACUGGCCGCACCUGGCCGUGGGCAGCAACGACUACUACAUCUCCGUGUACUCGGUGGAGAAGCGCGCCAGAUAGCGGGCGCCCCUCCCCGCCAAGCCGCCGUGUACAUAGUGGAUCCGCCGCCACCCUCAACACUGGUCCUGACCUGCUGCCGAGGGCCCCGGGAGGCCCCUCGCCGUCUGUCCGUGCGUCUGCGCUCGCUGUCAUGCCCAGGAGCCCAGGGCAGGGGGCUCCGCUGGAGUCCUGCCGUGUGACAGCCCAGGGACAGCCGCACACAUCCCAGCACCCUCCCCGUCCUGUUUUGCUUCUGAGAUUUUUAAAGGGGGAAACACUCAUUCUGCUUUGCGAGGGGCCCGAGCGUUGGCUCCACAAACGCUCCGAGACGGAAGCCAGCUCCCCAGGGCUCAGCCCCCUGGCGGACAGGGCAGCGCCGGGCUCAAGCAGGUCACCGGGUGGCUGCCAGGCUGUGAGCCCGCCUGGGCCACAUUCCCCUGGCUGCACGCUAGCCGCCCCUUUCUGCACACGCACCCCUGGGGGGUUUCCGGGCAGCCCUGGAGAGGCGGGGAUGCAAGAGACGGCCCAGCCUCCCACCGCCCCCCGCCAGUCCUGGCCCACGGGGCCCUUCGUGGCCAAACUGUGGGAGGACUGGUGCUGCCCCUCCCCCACACAGCCACCUUCCCUGCACAGGCCCCUCACCACAGACCCGCUUGCAGGGCGGGCUUGUGACUUGCGACAAGUGCGGCGGGUCCUUGGCGAUUCGGCCACCACCCUUGAGGCCCCAGGGCCUGCCUCUCUCAAGUGCUGCUGUUCCCCAGGCAGGUGCAGGCCUGUGACCUCCCCAUACGGGUGUACAUGCAUGUGCUGGGCCCGUGGUCUCCACACUGGAACCAACACAGGAGUCUGCACCUGCCUGGCCCCGGGGCCUCCUCCGCGGGGGCGUCACAGCGUGCGCAUGUGCGGGGGCCGCUGGAGCCCCAGGUGGGCCUGGGGGUGAGCGGUGGCCCUCUUGGCCGCCACUUGCUGGUGCAGACCGAAGUUCGUGUCUUGCAGCACGCAACACGGAAGUUUCUUAUGAUCGUGUUAGGCAAGGCGACUGCGCAUGUCCGCACACAGGUGCGCGCCGGUGUCGGCCUGUGUCGGGCACGACCUCGGAGCCACGGGGACGGUUUAGCCCCAGGAAGGACAACAGAGAACGUGCUAAGUGAUUACAAACAGCGCUUGUGAAACAAAACCACAAUAAUGAUAUUCUGAAAAGCAUUUAUUCCAUUUUCCUUGGAAAUCAAGAUUAUUCGGAGAGAGGAGUGAUCUGGCUUAUUGGCUGAUUCUCUUAUUGGCUGAUUCUGCCAAUAAGCGGCCACGAUAGUGGGAGUCUGCGUCCCGGCAGCACGAAGUUCAGGUGCCCUCCCCGGGGGCGGCUCUGGAGUGCCCGUGCGCCCCGCGGCCGACCCGCCAGGUGGAUGCGGUGCAGGUGGCUGCACGCCACGGGGCCCGGGGGCCUGUGCACAUUCGGAGCUGCCUGCGCCGCGGCCCACUGGGCCGUCCCGGGUCUGAAGCGAAAAUCCAAUCAUGGAAUUAACCGGGGCUCCACGGAGCACGCCCUGAAACUUCGUUUAUCUCUAUUUAUUUUACCAAAUGAGAAUUGCGGAGUGAAAGUGAGAGCAAACGACAACUGUUCAUGACAAUAAACAAGUGCAGAGGUGA